GCUAGAGACCCUAGUUGACAGGAUCCUUGUCCGGAUUCUGUGAGUCUUUAGAGUGAGUCAGUAGGUUUGUCAGUCAGGGGUUAGAGUUUACGUGCUGAGGUUUGGAACCGUCAAUCCGGUUGUGCACUUAUCACCAUGGUUGAGACCCGUAGUGGGAAGAGCACUAGCCCCUAUACCCAGGACCAACAAGAGAAGAUGGCCGCCUUAGUGAGAGAAAAUAAGGAGAGGAAAGAGCUUCUGAAGCAGGCGAAAUUACAAGCAAUCGCAGAGGAGCAGGCGGCGAAGAUGAAGAAGUUGGAAGAAGAGAUGGAGGAGAAGAAAAAGGCUGCCGAGGUAGAAGCAGCAGCAGAAGCUGAAGAGGAGAGAAAACGCAGGGAAGUAAAAGGAGAGAGUAGUGGCACGGCGAAUGAGGAGGCAGCGAUGGAGAAGAAGAUUAGUGAGUGGAUUGCUAACUUACCGUUGGGGGAAGACGAGGAGGCAGAGAUGUAUGUGCCACAGGAUGAGAGGGACGCGUUAGCCAGGGAGUUAUCAGGAUUCCGGGAUUUCGCGCGCGAUAUGGUCACCCACGUCGAAGUUAGGCGGUUAAGAGAGAACGUGGAAAAAUUUUGUGAGGGCGCCAUCGAGAGUGCCAAAGCAGUUGCCGCUAUUGAGAGUGAGGCCAAGCCCCGUAAAGAGCCCGUCAAACUUAAGUUCCCGGACGCCUAUGGCGGGAAGAAGGAGGAGAACUUUGAUAACUGGGAGGCGAGCGUAAAUAGCCUAGCUAAUUAUUACAGGAAGUUCGUGAGGAACGUCUCCACUAUCGCCGCUCCCUUGCGCAGGUUGCURAAGAAAGAGGCAAUCUGGCAGUGGGGUAAAGACUGUACGUCUGCGCUAAAGAAGCUGAAGCGCGCGUUAAUAGAAUAUCCUGUCCUCAAAGUUGCAGAUCCGUCUUUGCCAUUUGUCGUCACCACGGACGCAAGUCAGUAUGGUAUAGGCGCAGUGUUGCAGCAAGACGACGGCAAUGGCUACAGACCCGUGGAGAUCAUGUCGACGAGGAUGCCCUCAGAGAAGGUAGCCACCUCGACAUAUGAGAGAGAACUCUACGCUCUCAGGCACGCCUUAGAGCACUGGAAGCAUUACCUGCUUGGGAGGCACUUCAAAGUAUACUCAAACCACGAAACUCUUAGAUGGUUAAAGACCCAGGCCAAGAUAACACCUAAGUUGACUAGGUGGGCCGUUGAGAUAGACCAGUACGACUUUGAGCUCAAACCAGUCAAAGGCAAGUACAAUGUUGUUGCGGAUGCUCUAAGAGACUACAGAGGUCCCAAGAUCCCUGCUCCCAACAAGUUUAGGGGUGAUGACCCCAAGACCGAUGUUGGGGACUGGGCUGCUGGGACCAAAGCCUACUUGAGGGGCUUUGUUUGUGCAGAACAGACCAAGGUGGCGACUGUUCUGGGACUGCUGGAGGGGCCCGCACUGAAGUGGGCUACCUCAACCUCCAGCAGUCUGCAGCAGUCCAUGGAGGACUGGGCUUUUGGGCUUGGGGUGGACAAACUUCUGCAGGCCCUGGAGGACCGAUUUGCAGACAAGGAGCGGGCCCGCAAGGCUGCUGACAGGAUUGCUCGCCUGGGACAGCAGCGGUACAGCGGCACCCUGCAGGCCUUGUUUGCUGAGUUCGAGCAGCUGACCUCCACCCCUGGGUUGGUCAUGUCCACAGAUGAUCUGUUGACCAACUUCUGCAGGGAAGCGCCUGAGAAGUUUGUUGUUGCGUUGUACAGCGCUGGGCACAAGGACUGGAGGUCCUUUGGCCGUGCAGCCCUGGACAUAGAGGCAAAGCUUCGUAUAUACUUCCGGCUCGAAGCAGAGGGGAAGGCGGAACGCGUUCUCCACUCUCUGACUCUCUUGGUGGAAGAUAAUCUUCCUUUUGACAUUCUUUUAGGUAUGGAUUGGGGUGAAGCUGCAAAUGCGGACAUAAAGAUGAGGGACCAUAAGUGUUGGCUCCGUAGUUCGCAACGCGGAAAGAAGAGAAUCCGCCUAUUCCAUGAAUCAGGUAAGGAAAGCAGCUUGGCUCAUUGCCGUAUGAGUGCCCCAGCGUUCGCUCGCCAUGUCAGGAAGUACAACUUGUAUGACCAAGUCUUUGUGGCAUAUGUGCGCCCAGUAAAAGAGGGUGAAGUUACGGAAGAGCCUAAGUCCCCAAAGAUUGAGAAACUUCUGAAGGAGUUCGCAGAUGUGGCAGAGGCCCCAAGCGGUGUGGUUGAGAGACCCAUUAAGCAUCGCAUAGACAUUAUCCCAGGAAGUUCGAUUCCUAAGGGGGCCAUCUACCGAAAUGUCACCUAAAGAGUUGGAUGAACUGCGAUCCCAGCUUGAUGAAUUGCUGGAAAAAAGGAUGGAUAAAGCGUAGUUCCUCGC